ACACCAAUCCUCUCCAAAGGGGCUGCCGAUGGUUCAGCCAGUUCCUUACAGUCUCACGAGAACAGUUUUUAUUUAAACAUUGCAUUUAGCAAACACUGUUAUUCAUUUCUUCAAAUUUAAGAAUAGAUUCUAAUUGUUGAAUAAAAAUGGUCUAAUUGAUAAAUAAUAAUAAUUGUGAAAUAAUCGCGAGUGGUCCUCUUUGAUAAAAGUCGGUGUAACAUCUUUUAUUGUUUAUAUUGAUCGAGUGUGAAUAUUAUUAAUUAAUUAAAAAUGUCAGAUGAAAAAGUGUAUGUACCGGAUGAACCUCUAAAGAAUGUGUGUGAAGGAUCCGAUAAUGCGAAGGGCGCCGCUUUUAGUAUUGAAAGAUUAUUAGCCCCAUGUGAGAAGAAAUUUGGGGAGGAGAGAGAAGACAUCAUUGAUGAUAAUGGACAUCUGUUGAAAAGAUGUCCAUAUGUGAAAUCAACGAAAGAGUUUUAUCAGCAAGAGGAGAGAAGACUGACCGUAGCACCUGAUUCUUCAAUGUCUCUUACGGAUGAAAAUUAUCUUGAGGAUUCCGAAAUUGCAUGUUCGACAUCGCCAGAACCAGACAUAAGCUACGAAGCCUGCACCAGCAGUAGUGGUGCUAAUUCAACGACCGGGGUGGACCUAGGAGAAAGAGAUUCUCAAGAAAGAAGUCCGAGUGCAGCUAGUGAUGAUGAGAGAAAGAAGAGACCACGCACUGCGUUUACAGCUGCGCAAAUAAAAUCUCUGGAAGCUGAAUUUGAGAGAAAUAAGUAUCUCAGCGUUGCCAAAAGAUUACAGUUGAGCAAAAACUUAAAGCUCACUGAAACACAGAUAAAAAUUUGGUUUCAAAAUAGGCGGACGAAGUGGAAACGAAAAUACACAAAUGAUGUUGAGCUUUUAGCACAACAAUACUAUUCAAGCCUAGGAAUUCCUGCACCACGGCCAAUCUUCGUUGGCGAUCGAUUGUGGUAUGCACCAAAGUUUUUUAACUACACAGGUCAAUCGCAAGCUGCAACAUCACUUCUUCAGACGCAUUUAUCUCCGAUUCCUUUACCGCCAGCUUUGCCAAUUGUUCAACCAUUGCCGAGCAAUUUGUCAUCGGGACAACAUAAUUCAAUAUUUCAUAAUGUUUCUUCAAAUCAUCCAACCUAUCACAUCACACAGAGAUUGGACUUCAGGCACCACGAAUCGUGAAAAAAUUAUUUAAUUUA